UUUGUCAGAUUUUUUAUGGAUUAAUUUUAACUGGUUUAAAAGCCUUUCAAAACUAAUGUAGUGUAUUUUUGAGGGUUUUAUAAAACACCCUAAAUUAUGGUGUUUUAACUGGUUUAAAAAUUUUAUCCCAAAAAAUCAAUUUUCACUAUUAUUCCGUGAUAUGCAAUAGUCCCUUUGCUACUAAAAAAAAUGUCACAGAAUAGAGGGGCAAAGGAAAAGACUGACCUUUCUUCGUUUGAUUCAUCCUUCUCCAGCUUCUUCAAUUCUCUCAACAAGUUCACUUGCAGAUUUAUUGCAGAAAUUGUAGUUAAUGGUACUAUUUUGCGUCCAUGGUUGUGUUGAAAUGGUAUCAUCAUCUCCAAUUGCUUACACCUACCCAGACUGUUAAUUUUUAUCCCUCAAAACAGGCAAGCAUGGGACAAGGUUUACGCGAUGCUAAUGAGGGCAGUUUUUGCGUCCUAUGAAUUUCUUAUGAAAAAAUAUACUCUAUUCUAGUGAAGAUGAGAAACGACGUUGUUACUGAUGCUGGGCAGAGUAUGUUUUGGUAGAAAAUAGUCCCUCUGCUUGAGGCAGUUAAAAAUGCACCUAUAUCUCCUUAAACAUGUGAUAAUUCUUGAAAUUUUUGCUUCAAUUUUGGUUGCUUAUACUUAAAACUAUUUAUUUUUCUGAAUAGUUCUCUUUCAGAGUUUGUUGUUCUUGGAUAUGAAUUGGGAUAUUCAAUGGAAAACCCGAACUCAUUGGUAAUAUGGGAAGCUAAAUUUGGCUUCUUUUGCAUAUAUUUUCAGCAAAUCUAGUUGUUGAGUAGAAGUCAAAUUACCAAGUAUGCUAAUAGUGUCAGCAUAACGAAUAUCAUCAACUAAAUUACAUAUUUUAGUGAGAACAUACAAAUUAAUUAAAUAAUAUACAAUGAAAGAAGUUAUAAAUAAAUUAAACUUGGAAGGAACUUCGACACUAAGUAUUGGUAAUUGAAAAAAAAAACUCCCAAAUGCUGGUUAAAGUUGGGGUAUUAUUAUGGACAUAUAUGUAAAUUUAUUAUUUUAAAAAACUGUCAGAAACGUUGGAAAAUAAACUCCCAAGUACAGGUUGGGUGUUUUAAAAACCGCUACUAAAAACUCUUCAAAACUGCUACAAUGAUUUACCCUCAAAACUGUUACGAUGGUUUAUCCUCAUAACCGUUACUAUAAAACUCUUAAACAGACCCUAAGAGAGAGAGGGUGGGUGAGUGUCUGGGCUGUGUAAGGGGCCUAUAGAAUUUCUUGGCCUGUGGGCCUCGAUUGUCUGGGCCUGCAAAAAAGAAUCUGUUAUAAAAUACUACAGAAGAAAUUAUGCUUACCUAAACUAUGUCGUUUCUGCUCUCACCAUGUCGUUUCACAGCCUCCUUUUCUCGCUUGAAAGCUUCAAAAUCCAGCAUCACUGCCAGAAGAACCAGUAGUAAUAGCAACAAUCACUCUCUCGCCAUCCUCAGUUUCCCGAGUCGACUCAGCUGGAAAUCUAUGAGUCAAUCCACCUCCGAUUCCGCCAAUCCAAUGACGUCACCAAACGACGCGGUGAAUACAGAGAACACGGAUGAUGUUCUGAUACAAUAUGUAGUUCUCCGACGAGACCUGAUUGACACGUGGCCGAUGGGUAGUGUAGUUACACAGGGAUGCCAUGCCUCGGUGGCUGCCAUUUGGUCUCACAAAGACGAUCCUCACACUCUUCAGUAUUGUAGCCCUCAAAACAUUGAUUCAAUGCAUAAGGUUACUCUUGAGGUGAAGGGAGAAACUCAAAUAAAGAAUUUGUCAGAAAAGCUGACGGCGGGUGGAAUUGCUCAUAAGCUGUGGAUUGAGCAGCCUGAAAACAUUCCAACGUGCCUUGCUACAAAACCCUACCCAAAGUCCAUGGUAUCUUUGUUCUUUAAAAAGCUGAAACUUUGUAAGUGAUGUAAUCUCAUCAUCUUUCUCCUUUAUGAAGAAUGAAUAAUUGUUUUUCUUGGGAAAAUCAAAUUCCUCCAUCGUUUUUCACCUCAUGUAAUUUGUUCUAUCAACACCAUUGAAACUUUUCUCUGAAGUGA